CUCAGUUGAGGAUUUCCGCGCACAGUUUUCGCAGCAUGUGGGCACGUGUGGCAGUGAACACAUGCCAACGCGCGUGCAUGAACCAACCACGAUUUUCAUUGGCGCUCAGGGGUCGAGCUGGGUUUGCCACUCAUGCCCUGGCAGUGCCAAGCAAAGGGGCCAUUCCGGAACAAACACUGUUCGUGGCGGGCAUCAACGAAAACAAAUUUUUUGGGCAGGAUAGUGCAGAAGAAGCUUUGAAGCUGUUGGAACGCGUGGCGCAGAACAAUCCAGAGUACACACUGCUCUUCGGUGUUUCGCAAGAAAGACUUGCGGAAAUGGAGCGUGAAAAUAAAGUAAAGCAAGGAAGGCUUACACCGAGUCGGGACUUGGAGGGACGGAAGCAUUGUGAGAUGAUUCCAGUAAUGCAGGCUGGGAUGGUGGACAAGCGGCCAAGAACACCGGUGGGGCGACACGUCUACACAGAUCAGGUCCAUGUGGCAUGGAUGUUGUGGAAGACUCCGCAAGAAGCCCGAAAAAUGUAUUGGCUGUUUUGGAAACGACAUGCGUACAAGGAUGCGGAGGCUCGGCGGUUUUGGUCAAAGCACUUGCCGGCUUCCGCCUAUUGUUACUUCGAGGAGAGGGCUCACGUCAUUGCAAUCCGGACUACGGAGCACAUCAUGGCUUUGCGGAAGCAGGAAAAGGGAAAUUCCACCGUUUUAGUUGUCAACAAUGACAUCUAUGACUUGGUGCUCAAGUACUUGAAUGACUUCUUGGACAAGGGUGCUCCCGAAAAACUCCAUUCACAGGAGUUUGCGCGACAGCUCCGGGAGACCCAAGAACAGCUGUUGCAGGAUGCAGUGAUCGAUUUGACACCGGUGCUUGCUUUUGUCUAUGUGAUUUUGCCUCUGCUGAUCUUUCAGUUCUUCUUCAAUGCAGGUCAGCACUACCUUAAGCAGUCUGGCACGUUGGAAAGGCUCUGGUACGGAGAUGGUCCCAGUCGAGAGUAGCGUGACCCUGACCAGCGGAGGUAGCGCGUCUUUUCGGACUCCGUGGCAGAAAAACAGGGUGUGCAGAUGCCGAUGAGAACGUGAGAUUCUUGCACACCUACUACACCUACUGUGUUUUACCAGUGCUUGG